AUGGCACGAACCAUCUCCGUCCAGGAGAUCUCGAAACACAACAUACCUAAAGACUUAUGGAUAGUGGUGGAUGAUACCGUCUAUGACAUGACAGAAUUUGCACCUGAACACCCGGGAGGUGCGAGCAUCAUCCACCGCUACGCCGGCCGUGACGCCUCGAAGGCCUACUCAGAAACCCACGCCCCGUCUUUAAUCAAGACCUCUCUCCCUUCUUCCAAGAUCCUAGGGACACUCGACCCCACCAGCCUCACAGAAGAAUGGGCCAAACCACCACCCGCAAUAACAACCGCCUUCUCCCCCAAUUCCAAACCGCCCCUCGACACCCUAAUCAGCACCUACGACUUCAUCAGCGUCGCACGCCAAACCCUCACGCCCAAAACAUGGGCCUUCUACUCCUCCGCCGCCACUGACCUCCAUACCAAAGCCCGCAACACGUCCGCCUACGCGGAUAUCGGCUUGCGGCCUCGCAUCCUGACGAAUGUCCAGACCGUGCAUACCAGCACCACGAUGCUCGGGCAGAAGAUGAGCGUCCCAAUCUUCUGCGCCCCCGCCGCAAUGGCCAAGAUGGUGCAUGCCGACGGCGAGAAAGGCAUCGCGCGCGCCUGCAGAGCCCUCGGGAUCCCCCAGUGCAUCUCAACCAACGCCUCAUUCCCGAUCGCUGAAAUCUUCGCAUCAGUGCAAGAGCCUGGGAAGUAUGGCGACGACGAAGGUCCAUUGCCGAUCUUUUUUCAGCUGUAUGUGGAUAAGCAGAGGUGGAAGAGCGAGCGGUUGCUGGCCAUGGUGGAGGAUCUGGGUGUCAAGGCUAUCUUCGUUACGGUUGACGCGCCGGUUCCUGGGAAGAGAGAGGCGGAUGAGAGAGUCAAAGCUGAUGAGAGUCUGAGUACACCGAUGAGUGGCGCGACGGCGAAAAAUGAUAAGAAGGGAGGCUCCUUGGGUCGCAUCAUGGGCGGUUAUAUCGACGCCUCUUUAUCAUGGGACGACAUACCCUGGUUAAGAAGCUGUACGAAGUUACCCAUCGUACUAAAGGGUGUGCAGACAGCCAUGGAUGCAAAGAAAGCCAUGGAUCACGGCAUCGAAGGUAUCGUAUUAAGUAACCACGGCGGCAGAAGCCUCGAUACUUCCCCAGCGCCCAUCCUUCUUCUACUAGAGCUGCAAAAGUGCUGUCCACAAGUAUUCGACAAGAUGGAAGUCUUCGUCGACGGCGGCAUAAUGCGAGGCACCGAUAUUUUCAAAGCCCUAUGUCUCGGCGCCAAAAGUGUCGGAAUCGGAAGAGGCUUCCUAUAUGCCCUGAACUACGGCCCGCAAGGCGUGCAGAAAUACGUAGAAAUUCUCAAAGACGAACUAGAGACAACAAUGCGAAUGAUGGGCAUAACCCACCUCUCCCAAGUGCACCCCGGACUUCUGAACACGGCGGCCGUAGAUCAUCUGAUCCCGGACGGUGAGGAACAUCCUUAUGCGAAGUGGAGACCUAGAGCGAGGAUUUAG